AUGGCGGUGGCAUCGUACUUUGGUCACACGGUGGCUGUUGCUGAUGUAAAUGGCGAUGGGAAGGACGACAUCUUGGUGGGAGCGCCGCUCUACAUGGAGCACCGCUCCGACCGCAAGCUCUAUGAGGUGGGGUGCAUCUACCUGUACCUGCAGCACCGGGGUCCCCACCCCUACAGACACCCCUGGCAGACCAUGACCGGCACCGAGGUCUACGGCCGCUUCGGCACAGCCAUCGCUCCUGCGGGGGAUCUGGACCAGGACGGCUACGUCGAUGUGGCGGUGGGGGCUCCGUUUGUCGGGAGCGGCCGUGUGCUCAUCUUCAGAGGGUACAGCGAGGGGCUCCGCACGCCGGCCUCGCAGGUCCUGGAGAGCCCCUUCUCCGGCCGUGCCGCCUUCGGCUUCUCCGUGCGCGGCGCCACCGACAUCGACGCCAACGGGUACCCAGAUGUGCUGGUUGGGGCGUUCGGCGCCAGCAAGGUGGCUGUGUACAGAGCCCAGCCCGUGGUGGUGGCCAGUAGCCAGCUGUUAGUGCCAGAUGUGCUGAACCCUGAGGAGAAGACCUGCACUGCCCACAGGACCCUUGUCAGCUGCUUCCCCAUCCAGCUGUGCGUGGGCAUCAAGGGGAAGAGCCUCCCAGAGAGAAUAAAGCUGGCCGCUGACCUGCAGCUGGACCGGCUGAAGCCCACGUCGGGGCGAAGGGUCUGGGAGCUGCAGACACACCAGGCGGGCCUCAGACUGGAGCUGCAGCUAUCGAGGGAGGCGCCACUCACCUGCCAGAAUCUCACAGCCUACCUGCGGGACGAGGCUGAUUUCAAGGACAAGCUGAGCCCCAUCGUCGUGAGCCUGGCGCUGACCCUGGCAGCUGGGCUGGGCACCGAGGAGCUGGGCCUGGUGCUCUACGGGCAGACGGUGGUUCAGGAGCAGACAAGAAUCGUGCUGGACUGCGGCGAGGACAACGUCUGCAUCCCAAAGCUACAGCUUGCCGCCCACACGCCCGUGGCCCAGCUGUUCAUCGGGGCCGAGAACGUGGUUCACAUCCUGGCCGACGCCACCAAUGAGGGCGAAGGCGCCUUCGAGGCCGAGCUGCGGCUGCAGCUGCCACGCGACGCCCACUAUCAGAAAGCCACCAGCAAUGUCCAGGGGCUGGAGAAGUUGAUCUGUAACCUCAAGAAGGAGAACGAGACACGUGUGGUGAUCUGCGAGCUGGGGAACCCCAUGAAGAGCGGGACCAAGAUCGCUGUGGACGUGGCACUCAGCAUCAGUAACCUGGAGGACGCUGGUGACACCAUCGAGUUCCAGCUGCAGCUGUGGAGCAAGAAUAGCCGCAGCCCCCACAGCAACGUGGAGCGGGUGCAGAUCCCCAUCAAGGUCGCCGCGCUGCUGGACCUGCGAGGGAAUUCGCUGCCAGCCACCAUGGUGCUGCCAGUGGCAGGCUGGGAACUGGUGGAGGGCAGCCGCCGGCUGGAGGACCACGGGCCCAGGGUGGAGCACGUCUAUCAGCUGCACAACCAGGGCCCUGGCACCGUGAGCCACGCAGAGCUGCGGGUGGAGUUCCCGAACCAGUUCCAGGGCGACUUCUUGCUGUACAUGAUGGAGCUCAACACAGAGGGGAGGAUCAACUGCUCCAGCCCCACAGGACUCAACCCUCUGGGGCUGGAGGGCCAGAAACCAACGGCCUCCCCUGGCCACAACAUGAGUGACCAGCCCGCCCACAGGCGAGAGCGACGGGAGGCAGACAAGGCCGAGGCAGGCCCAGCCACUCUCAGGGAGCCCACACUGGUGAACUGCAGCAGCCAACCCUGUGUGGCCGUGCUGUGCAAGGUGGAGAUGCUGGAGAGGGACCAGCGGGCCAUGGUGACUGUCCACUCCGUCCUGUGGAUGCAGAGCGUCAGGAAGCGGCCCCAUGACCAGUUCAUCAUCCAGUCGCAGGCCUGGUUCAACGUCUCCGCCAUGCCCUACCACAUCCAGCCUGAACUGCUGCCCAGCGGACACGCCACGGCCCACACAGAGGUGGUGCGGGUGAGCCCGGAUGCGGAGAAGGAGAUCCCCACCUGGUGGGUGGUGCUGGCUGUGCUGGCCGGGCUCCUGCUCCUGGCCCUCUUCAUCUGCGCCCUGUGGAAGGUGAGGCUGCCAGAACAGAGCCAUUCCCGAGCAGAUUAGUCCAGCCAAGGCCGGGGGGCUCCUGGCAUCAGGAUCCCCACAUGGGCAGAGCAGGGGCAAACCUGACCCUGAGGGUAGCCAAGAUGUCUGUAGUCAGGUUCCAGGCCAGGCUCAAUACCAAGCGUCAGGGGCCGAGUCAGGUGUCAGGAGGCGAGGCCAGAGCCAGGAGUUCUGGAGCAGAGUGGGGUGUGGCAGCUCCAGGAGGUCCAGGCUGGGUUUAUACAGGGCGGGGAGCCAAUCAGGAGC